AUGUCCCGAGCAGCUGUGGGAAGCGGUGCGGCACGAUGGGGAUCCCCCGAUGGCUUGGAAGGGGAGCUGGAAAGGGGGGCUGCACCCCAGGUGUGCCACGGGCAGGACCUGUGGGACCCCAAGGGGAGGGAAGCAGCCGCCCACCUGGGGGAGGCUGAAGAGAUGAAGGUGAGGAAGAGGAGCAGGCCGGCGCGCUCCAAGGCCAGGAGGAUGGCUGCCAACGUCCGAGAGCGCAAGAGGAUCCUGGACUACAACCAAGCCUUCAACGCCCUGCGGCUGGCCCUCAAGCAUGACCUCAGUGGCAAGAGGCUCUCCAAAAUCGCCACCCUCCGGCGA